UAAAAGAUAUGCCCAUGCGCCCUAGAGGGUUCGAUUUUCUUUCGCGAAUUUCGCGUCGUGAAAGUCAAAACAAAAACAAAUCGAAUUUUGGGAAUCAUCGGAACGGUCGUUAAAUCAUUCAGGUUAAAUUAGUAUUUAACGGAAAGCAUCAAAGUCAACAUGGAUCCUGCACUGCUUCGGGAGCGGGAGGCCUUCAAACGGCGGGCCAUGGCCACUCCGACGGUGGAGAAAAAGGCCAGAACCGAACCCAGCUAUGCCACCCCGAAGGAAAUCAAGAAGCCAUCGCGGCCGUCGGUCGCCCCACCAAAGAUCGAUGCCAGCAACUACAAAACUAUGUCGGGAAGUUCGCAGUACCGAUUCGGCGUGCUUGCAAAAAUUGUCAAACACAUGCGAGCCCGACAUCAGGAAGGCGAAGACCAUCCGCUCUCUCUGGAGGAGAUUCUGGAUGAAACCAAUCAAUUGGACAUCGGUUCCAGUGUUAAAACCUGGCUCGGAGGAGAAGCCCUCAAGAAUAAUCCCAAAAUUGAGGCUACACCAGAUGGGAGGUACAGCUUCAAAUCCGUUUACAAAAUCAAAGAUGGCAAAAGUUUGAUGCGAUUGCUGAAGCAGCACGACCUGAAAGGUCUCGGUGGUGUCCUGCUGGAUGACGUCCAGGAAUCCCUUCCUCAUUGCGAAAAAGUCCUGAAAAAUCGAGCCUCGGAAAUCGUUUUCAUCACCCGACCAAACGAUAAGAAGAAAGUACUCUUCUACAACGAUCGAUCGGCCAACUUCCAGAUAGACGAAGACUUCCAGAAGCUGUGGCGUGCGGUCACCGUAGACGCGAUGGACGAUGCCAAAAUUGACGAAUAUCUCGAGAAGCAGGGUAUCCGGUCGAUGCAGGAUCAUGGGCCGAAAAAACCGAUCAUUCCGAAGCGCAAAAAGGCGCAGAACAAAAAACGGCAGUUCAAGAAGCCCCGAGACAACGAGCAUUUGGCUGAUGUGCUGGAAACGUACGAGGAUAACACGCUGACGCAAUCGAAUGCGGUUCAGGAGAUCAAACAGAAUAAUUAGGCAAUUUUUUUCCUUAGUUUUCUUAUACUAUGUACUUUAUAACAAAAAGUUUUUAUCAGUA